AUGCCUGGCGCUCUUCUGGCACUCAGUGCCCCUUCUUAUGCAGAAGAGGUCGAUUCUUUGGUUGAUGCCGUAGGGCACCCUAAUGCUGGCAAUAUUCCUUGGUGUUGGCCAGUAUGGCAACAGCGCACCACUCUUAGUUCGACGCCCUUGUCAGUAACUCUAAAUGAGGACACUCCCAGCGCUUGGAAAUCCCCUGGGGUCAAUCAGGCAGUCUUGACAUUCGCGCACAAUUUCUGGGCUAUUGAGGACAGCGCGCAAGUGGAUUACAUCAAAAAAGAUCGCUCCGAUAACGACAACAAAGGUCGCCAACAUUGGCUGGACUACUGCCAUGCCAAUUGGUCCAACUGGAAAAUAAACCAUACCGUUGAUGUUGUACUGGCUGAACGCGGCUUGGACCCAUAUUCAGUUAUGAAGCGUCUCAAGGUGGCCAAUGUACCAGAUCUUGCCACCUCACAGGUAGCUCUGGCAUACUCUGGCCUUGCAGAGGCUCUUUUUGGCCCUGAAUCUUUCACGGAGGAUGGUAUUGCACUUAAGGAGCCUGUCCGACGCUUCCUGGAUGCCCUCGUAGCCCACCAUUGGGCCAAGAAUAGGAAGUCUAUUGGACGUGAAAGAGAAAGACUUGGAAAGCUAAAGAGCAAAGUAGACCAGAUGUGGAAACAAUUCUUGUCGAUGGCAGAGCAAAGCCAAGAUCUGGACGCUGAAGGCAUUAGAACCUGGCUGAAGGACGUGGAAGGACUUACCAAAAUCCUUACUCGAUAUGGCGAUCAGGAGUCAUUGAAGCAGCUUUCAGAGCAGCAAGAAAUGCUCCAUGACCUUCUUCAAGGCUUAGAGAUAGAUGUGAAGGAUGGAAAUAAGUGCCGUCUACCUAAGCCCCUACGUCAAGCCCUUUCAUUCCUUGCCACUCAGCAGGAUAUAACUCUACUCACUGCGUCCAUCCAUGACCAGUUAAAACUUUGCGAUCCAAAUGCCACGCCAGCGGAAUCAAUACCAGAGUUGGACCUGGAUGCCACCGAUGAUUGUGAUUAUAAGUGGUCUGAAGGCGUGGAAGAAUAUAGUAGCCUGUCUGAGGACGACCUUUGGACUAUCCUUGGACUUCCAGAAAAGCAAAUACCGUUCUUUAACCUUUUGCAAGACCCCUAUGGCCAUUAUGACCCUUGGUCUGAAGGCGGUCAAACCUGGGUAAAAGAUAAUGGGGAACCUCUCGCUCUCCGCUGGCACCAGCUUGUGGGUCUGGUCAAGAUGGUCAAGAAUGUAUUUUUUGGAAUGCCCGUCCUGCUGAUGGACGAAGUGGGCUUAGGUAAAACCAUCCAAGUCACCGCCUUGAUUGCAGUACUUUCAUUCUAUCGUGAAUUUUAUACGAUGCAUAACUGCUUCCCAGGUAAAAUAGCUGGGAAGCAGUGGAGAAGCAACUCUCCAAACAUUCCAAAUCUUCCCGUGAUGCUCGUUAUCCCAGCAAAUCUUGUGUCCCAGUUUACGUCAGAGUUGCACCGAUUUCUUCAACGGGGCGCCUUUGAUGUUCUACCCUAUCUGACCACCUGGAACAGUCGGCGAACCUGGUGGAAAGACAUAUGGAGCCAAUCAAAGCAGCCAGAAGGACGGCGGAUUGUCAUCACUACUCCCAAGGCUUUAGAAUCUGACUGCGACCGCAUUUUUGAGGCCAAUAAUCAUACGCCAACCAAGCAUCCACGACGGAAGACCAAUUAUACAACCGAUGUGCCCAGCACGGCUUAUGGGCGAGAUUUCUUGUUGGGCGUGGUGGAUGAGGCGCAUAACUACAGAAAUAUCAAAAAGGGUUACUGGGCAGUAUUUUGCCUUCGCUUGCUAUGCCAUGCCAUUGUCGCUAUGACAGCCACACCCAUCACUUCUCGACCUCUUGAUGUUUGGAAUAUUGGAAGAUGCCUGGGUCUGGAGCUAUUUGGCAGCUCUUACGAUGAUGAGGCCUUAAAAAUGGGGUGUCAACUGCGUGCCGCUGCUGCCAAGGAUCGCAAGCGCUUGAAACAAGGUGACCGUAUCACCAAGAUAAUCAUGGGAACCGUAAAGGGUGAUGCCAAUGUUGACGUUCCCAGUCUGUACCAUAGUCAGAUGUUGACUUGGAUCAACGUCAUCCGAGAGAGAUUUUCAGGCAUUGUCAUUCGGCGCACCAUUUUGUCGGUCGACUAUUGUGGCACCAGGAUCUCAGGCUUGGAUCCAUUUCAGGAGCAUAAUCUGCUUGUGAAGCUGUACCCCCAUGAGGUGAACAAUCUUGAGGGCAUCGCCCAAAAUACGGUUGCGGAAGGCGGUGCUAGAGCGGCAAAGUUGACUUCUCGCUCGGAUUUCUACAUGAGCGUCCGCAGGGCUUUAAUGCAUCCUAGCUGCAAUGCCGGAUAUCCAUGGGCCAACCCCUCAGAUUUGGAUGAGUGGAAGAAGGACCCGUCUCGCAAACUUGACGUUCUUGCACAAGUAAUUGGUUGGCAUCAGGAGCAGGAUGGACGUCUGCCUCUAUGCGUCGUGGAUGACCAGCUAGUAGUAUCAUCUGCCAAUCCUGAUGUCCCAACCGCUGGCAUGGCUGACCCUAUGCCCUGUGACAAAAUUAUCGUCUACUGCGCAUUCCCUUCUAGUUAUACACAGGUCCUGGAGCUUAAUGGCAUCCGAACUUUGCAGAUUCAUGGCAAAUUGUCAAUCUCCACUAGAACUGAUGUCAUCGCCCAAUUCAAAAGCAGCGGACGUGAUGGUCCUCGCGUUUUAUUAAUCUCCAAUGUUGGGCUAACAGGUCUCAAUUUACCUUGCGCCAAUAUAUUGAUAAUUGUAGACUCCCUAUGGUCUGCCGCUGAUGAAGGACAACUGAUUGGACGUAUCUAUCGUCCUCCACAACCAAAAACUGUCCACGUUUACCGAAUUGUCGCAGCAGACACUCAGGAUGUUUUUCUGAACCGCAUCUCCUUCAGUAAAGCAGCGAUCCUGGAUGCAUUCACAGGGGCAACACCCAGCUCUUUGUUCAAUGAUGAUGAGGAAGCAGAGGCCAUCAGCGCCCUUUCUGAGAUUGACGACGUCCCUUUGAAGAAGGGGAAAAUGAAGUCAAAGACGCCCAAAGCCGGCCCCUCAAAAAAGAAAAUGCGAGGUAAGGGAGCGAAUCAGAUUUCAGGAACGUUACAAGAAAAAAAAGUCGUUAAACCCGUCAAUGAAAACUCGGCCACUAAGAAAUGCGGAAUGAAAUCUCAAGCGCCUCCCAGCUUGGGAAACUUGCACUCAAGCUCUUCAGCGCUCCAAGUCCAGAACCCCUUGGGCCGGGCAGCGUCUGCUAGAUUGAAGUCUCCUCCUCCCAAUGUGAUUGCGGAUGCUAAUACAGAAGAUAAUAUUGCGCAGUUGGAAGUUCAGAAUAAUCAGGAGCGCCAAGUUCAGAAUCCGGUGGGCCAAGCAGCAUCUCCCAGACCAAAGUCUCCGCCUGCUCCCAGCAUGAUCGUAGAGGCCAAGAGGGGUGAUAUUGUGCAGUCAGAAGCGAAGGUCAUAAUCUCCAAUGGUAGCAUGGAAGAAGAAUCUCAACCCACUAAUGCUAUGCCCAUCAACGCAUCUCAGGGAAGCUCAAACUCGGCGACAAUUCUGCCUCUUAAGCGCCCAGCUGAUUCUAAUCUGGAGAAUCAAGUAUCAAAAGUCCAAAAAUCAGCCUCCGGAGACGAUCAGGACAUUUCGUCAUUUCUUGCUGAUAUGCAACGGCGCGGCAUAGAAGUUGACCAAUUAUAUGCUUUCCUUAGUAAAUCCCUGCCAAAUCCAUCCUCCCAGAAUUCAGACCACCCAUUGGCAUAUUUUGUUCCAGGGUUGAGCGCAGCGACUGGACUUUCAAUGCCUGCGCCCUUGAACGCUACUACUAGUAGCAGAAAGUAG